UUGAACAACAAGAGAUAACUGCUACCUAAAAGAUAACCUCGAAAUAUAAAUUAAUAUAAUAUAGAAAAAAAUAAUUUAUUAACACCAAUUUUUGUCAAAAUGUUAAGUAGAGGGGUUUUGUUACUGAUUUUUGCCGUAGCAGUAUAUGCACAGGGAGCACCAGCGCAAAAGGGUUGGUUGAAAGGUUGGGCUAGCGUACCCAAUGUUCCACUGGUGAAACAUGGAAACAAGAGCUACUUUCUUGGAGUUAACUACAAGGCAAACUUCCAAGAGGCUCUUCAAUUCUGUGAUGUCCUUUAUAUGAAACUAUUGACCAUUGAGUCACAAGAGGAAAAUGAUGCUAUCAAGAAAAUCAUUUUGGAUAAUAAGGCCAGUGGUACCGAAUACUGGACUUCUGCUGCCAACUUCCUGGACAAUAGAAACUUCGUCUGGAUGAGCACAGGAAAAACUGUGGAAUACACAAGAUGGAACAAUGGAGAGCCUAGUUAUAAUGGUGAAAAGUGCGUCCAGUUGUUGGAAAAUAAUAACGAGAUCUUGUGGAAUGACAGAGACUGCAAUACCCAGCUUAACUUUAUUUGCCAAAGGGAAAAUCACGAAGCUGUUCCAGCAGCAGCCUCAGUGGUAGCUUCACCAGCAGCCGUUGCCAAACCAUCCUACUCUCCAAACAUCAACAUGUUGAAUUUUAAUGGCAAAAACUAUUAUUUCUCAAGGGAUUUUACAGGUAGAUUCACACAAGCAGCAUUUUAUUGCAGAAUGCUCCAUAUGAGUCUUGUAACUAUCGAAUCCGAAGAAGAAAACAAAGCUAUAGAGAAAUAUGUCAGAGAUAACAAUCUUGGAUCAAGAUGGUGGACUGCUGGUACUAGACUCUUAGACGACACCUGGACCUGGUUCACAAACGGCCAACCAAUCGAAUACACAAGAUGGGACAAAAACCAGCCAGACAACGUAAACGAAAAGUGCAUCAACCUUCAACACACAAACGAGAACGGAUUGUUCUGGAACGAUCUCAGCUGCACAGACCAACUUCCCUUCAUCUGCGAGAAAGUUACCAAUGAACACCUUGGACGUGUCAAAAGAGACGUGGACGAAGAAGAAGUUGACCCAGAUGCAGAUGAAUUUGUUAACGCUAUAUAUGCCGCAAUUGUCGACGAGGAUAAUGAAGAAAAAAUUCAAACUUCCACUGCAGCAACAAACGAAGGAGAGGACGAGGAACUGGAACCUGCAAGCGAUGAAGACUGGCAAGCAGCUAUAGAGGAAACUCCACCCGGAUUUUUAACUUAUACCUACAACGCUGGUAAAAAAUAUCACAUUGAAACGGAAAUGUUGGGUACACAAAAACAAGCUCAAGUUUUCUGCGAGUACCACGGUCUUCAGUUGCUAGCCAUUGAAAAUGAACAAGAAACUGAAAGUACCAAAAAGGUACUUGAAGACGUCGGUGAAGACGGUCCAUUCUGGAUCUCCGGAAGAAGGCCACUCUCAGACUGGAGAUGGUUAAGGAUCAAUCGCCCAAUUAUCUACCAAAAAUUAGAACCCAAUGAAACCUUAUUCGUAGACGACAGAACCUGCAUGACUAUUUUAUUAAGCGGUAUCUGGAGACUAGAAAAGUGUGGAAAGGUCAGACCCUUCAUCUGCGAGAACCAAGAAAGUGCGGUUCCCGGUGGAACUGUCCCAGCUGAUGACGUCGUUGGUACAGUUGGUAAAGUUAAGGAUGAGACAGAGGUCACACCUCCUGCAGCACCUGUUUAUAAAAAGAACUGUUUGGUUAAACCCAUUGUUAAUGUAUACAUUAACAACAACUUGGUGUCUUCUGGUGUUAGUGUAGCACCUGGAGCAGAUGAAGGUCACAAGAAUCAAGGCACUUAUUCCGUUAACAUUAACAACAGCUUAAAACCAUGUGCCAAUAAAUAAAUUAAUAAGCAAGCUUUAUAAAUAAAUUUUACCAAAAAUUACUUGAAUAA